AUGUAUUCAUUGUAUCCAAGUAUUGGAAGGAACAUACGUGGAACAGCUGCCUAUUGGUGGAAAGCAAAAGGUCUGCUUGGUGGAAUGUAUGCCACAAUCGGCAAACUGUUCAUAUGGUGGUCUAUAAAUCAUCAAGAUGAUAGUACAUUUUUGUGUGCUGUUGAAUUUCAACGUGAUGAUCUACCACAUGCUCAUGUUACUAUAUGGAUAGUUAAUCCUCCAUCUGUUGAUACACUAGAAGGAAGAGAAGAAAUAAUAAAAUGUUUAGACAUGUUUUUACGGACUGAUAUGCCAGAUCCUUUGAAGGAACUAUUAUUACAUCCAAAUUUAACGUUAGAUGAAGAUAAUUGUCUCCGAAAGGGUUUAGAAUUUGCUCGACCGUCUAAUCAUAUUGAUGACUUAGCAAUUAUUUCUAUUCCAUCACGCAACUGUUUUCAAGCAAGAAGCAAGUUGCAAAAGUAUGAAUGUCAAAAUAAGAAAGAAAAUGAUAUUUUACGAGCGUUGAAACAAGAUCCAUCUAUUGUCAUCACGCGUCCAGAUAAGGGCUGCAUUAUGAGCAGAACAGAUUAUAGCAGUAAAAUGGAAUUGAUUCUUAAUGACAUUACCAAGUUUAAACAAAUUUUGAUUGAUCCAACUAUAACUCGAGAAAAUAGUUUAAUUCGUCUUUUGAGAAAACUUUUGAAGAAAGGACAUAUUACUGAGUCAAUUUAUAAUCAAAUACGUCCUGUUGGCUUGAGUCCUGCUCGUAUUUAUGAUUUACCAAAAAUUCAUAAGACAGACACAUCUUUACGUCCUGUUCUAUCGUCUAUCAAUACUUUUAAUUAUCGUUUGAGCAACUAUAAUGAAUUGAGUUUCCUAUGUGAUAAUAAAUUUAGCGUGAAAGAUACGUUUCAAUUCAUUAAUAUAUUAAAAUAUAACAAACAUUUAGCUAAUGACAGUAAAAUAGUCUCAUUUGAUGUGAACAGUCUCUUUAUCAAUAUACCAGUGGAUGAAACCAUUAAUAUUAUAAUAAACAAAUUGUACCACUUCUCAAGUAGAGAAUCAACUACGAAUGCCGUUAACUUUCGAAAACUACUUUAUUUUGCUACGAAAUGUAGUCACUUCUAUUUCAAUGGAAAAUUGUAUGAUUAG